CUCAGCUUCAGCAACUUCUUCACGACUACAACGACGACAACGCGAUUCAAAACUUGCGAUAACCGAAGAGAAGGCAGCGCGCGAUCAUGGCGCCCCGAGAAAACUCUCAUGAGCCCUCUGGCACACCCGUUCCGGUGGAAACGGGCUUUUCCACGCUGGCGCAGCUAAGAGUGGGAGUAAAAGCAUGGGUUUUGAAGGAUGGCGAGAAGCGUAAAGCUGAGAUCCUGUCGAUACAAACUCGGCAAGGAAGGCCAAAGUUCUAUGUUCAUUACGAAGAGUUCAACAAGCGCCUGGACGAAUGGAUCGAAGCCGAGCGCAUCGAUCUCUCGCGCGAGGUUGAGUGGCCUGCACCAGAGAAACCAGACAAGAAGAAGAGCGCUGCCGUUAAGACAGACAAGGCCCCUUCAAAGUCUGACCAGAAGAACCUGAAACGAUCACGCAGCAAGUUGGAUCGUGAGAUCUCAGGGACACCCGAAUCCACUUCUAGUAAUCUACCAGGCAAACCACCAAGACCCUCUAAAGCGGGCGGCAAGGAGAACCAGGAACUCAUUGUGACCAGCGAAGUUACUGAUGGCACACCAAAACCCGAAGACGAGGAGAUGGACCUCGUGGAUGUACAGGACGCCGCAGCAGCAGCCAAAGCCAUACCAGACCAAAACUACUCUCGAGAAGAUGAGAUCGAAAAGUUACGAACCUCUGGAUCCAUGACUCAGAAUCAGACGGAGAUCUCACGAGUACGAAAUUUAGAAAAGAUUCAAAUGGGCAAAUUCGAGGUCGAGCCCUGGUACUUCUCGCCCUACCCUAUCGACUUUGUAGACUCAGACGUCGUCUACAUUUGCGAGUUCUGCCUCUCAUACUAUGGCGAAGUAACUCAGUUCGAGCGCCACCGUACCAAGUGCACGCUCCUCCACCCACCAGGUAAUGAGAUCUACCGCGACGACUACGUCUCAUUCUUCGAGAUCGACGGACGGCGGCAGCGCACAUGGUGUCGUAACCUCUGCCUGCUCUCAAAACUUUUCCUGGACCACAAGACCCUGUACUACGACGUCGAUCCGUUCCUCUUCUAUUGCAUGUGCACGCGCGACGAACACGGCUGCCACUUCGUCGGCUACUUCUCCAAGGAGAAGGAAUCGGCAGAAGCCUACAACGUAGCUUGUAUUCUGACACUUCCCCAGUACCAGCGUAAAGGUUUCGGAAAACUCCUAAUCGACUUCUCUUACCUCCUGUCCAAACGGGAAGGCAAACUCGGGUCCCCGGAGAAACCGCUCUCCGAUUUGGGUCUCCUCGGCUACCGUGCCUACUGGCAAGAGAUCCUCGUCGACCUACUCAUCGAGCCGGGACGUGUGGAAGCGAACAUCGAGGACCUUGGUGCUGCGACGGCAAUGACGACGAACGACGUCCUGCAUACACUACAGAAUUUGAAUAUGCUACGGUAUAGUAAGAAUCAACAUGUCAUUGUUCUCACGGAUGCGGUUAUUGCACAGAGGGAACGACAGAAGGCGAAAGAGAAGAUAAAGGGCAAGAGGAGUAUUGAUCCAGAUAGACUUAUCUGGAAACCUCCCGUCUUCUCGGCUGCUAGUCGCACGUGGAACUGGUAGUAUGGUUUGCGGUUUGGAGGCGUACUCAAGUGAGAUAUUUUUGGUGUUCGUGGCAGUCUUUUAGUUUAGUAUACCCCAAUUUUACAGUUUUACGUUCUCACUUGGCCGCCUCGUUGCGCAAAAAGACAUUCGACAACGCUUGAAACGCAAAAUGGUUGGACACGCCGAGAUUCGAACUCGGCUCUUUCGCAGCGACCCAGCGGAUUUAAAGCCGACAUGCGAGCGGCGUCAUUACUGCACCGCAGUUGACGUACCGUGCAGUCUUUUUUGGCUCAAUCAUCACUGGGACUCGGUGCGAAUGUCUUGCCACUGGACCACGUAUCCUCGAGGUGUUUGGAUAGAAGAGCGCGGACGCUGAGAAGUUAUAUACAAGCACGAAAGUGAGAGUUAGACC